GUAAAAUGCAUAGGUAAUUGACCCCUUGCCCCCUUUUGAAUCCGCCACUGCGGCACAAGAGGUUUGCAGCUAUGGCUUCCUCUUCUUGUCCAACAGCGAUAGGAUCAAGCGGCACCCCCCUGAACCCCUCAAACAUCAGGAACUCCACUCCUAAUUUUUGCACUUCACUCCCACUUAUCCCCACCUCUUUCCAGCAAACCAUUCUCAGAACCGACACACCUAUCUCUUCCAUUCACCGUUCAACCCCCAACUUCUCCCCGGCAACAUUCUCGCAGUCCGAACCCGAAACAGAAGAACUGGAUUCCGGAAGCAGGCCGACGCCAUAUUCUGCUGCGCCGAUGGGGAUUCUCCCCCCUGUGAGGCGGCAAAGAAGGGCGUACAGAAAGCAAUACCCUGGUGAGAAGAAGGGCAUUGCGGAAGAGAUGAGGUUCGUUGCGAUGAGACUCCGCAACAAUGGCAGUCCAAAAAGUAAGCGGAGAGCUAUGAGUGAGAUAGAUACGGAGGAUUGUGACGAAGAAGAAGAAGAAGUCAUGGAGGCCAAUGAUAGCAGUGGAAAUGGGGAGUAUUGGCAGCCUUCCAUGGAAGGAUUCCUAAGGUACCUUGUGGAUAGCAGGCUUGUUUUCAACAUAAUCGAACGCACCGUUGAUGAAUCCAGUGAUGUUUCUUAUGCUUACUUCAGAAAUACUGGAUUGGAAAGAGCAGAUUUUAUAUCGAAAGAUCUAGCAUGGCUUAGCGAACAAGGAAAUGAUAUCCCAGAACCUAGCAAUCCUGGUGUUGCUUACUCCAAUUAUCUUGAAGAACUUGGAGAGAAAAACCCCCCUUUGUUUCUCUGCCAUUUCUACAACAUAUACUUCUCCCAUAUUGCCGGAGGUCAAGUUAUAGCUAAAAAGAUCAGGUUUGUGAGAAGUUGAUAAGAGGAGGAGAAGGAAGGGCAUUAGAAAUGUACAGAUGGAACGGAAAUGAAGAAAAAUUACUGCAAGGAGUGAGGGAGAAGCUCAACAUGCUGAGUCAACAUUGGCCUAGAAACAAUAAGAACAGAUGUUUGCAUGAUAUGCGCAAGUCUUUCCGUUUUCUGGACAAGAUUGUCCGGUUAAUCGUCUUGUAAACAUCUUGGAGCCGAGCCUGGGUUCUUGUCCCUUGUUCAUAUAAUAUAAUUACACAACAUUAUUAUCAUUAUUUUUAAAAAUGAUAUUUGUACCCACUCUUAUAUCCACUUUUAUAUCCAUCACGUAUGUAAAAGGUUUUUUUUUUUUGUGUAAAUGGUUGUUUACAAGCAAAAAAAGUCUUCAUAGAAGGAGUAUAAGAGUGGAUAUAAGAGUGGGUACAACAAGAAUGGUUGUUCUUAAAAUUGUCCUUUUUAGUACCCACCCUUAUAUCCACCUUUAUAUCCACCGUGUCUGUGAAAGGUUUUUUUUGUCUGUGAAUCCGUUCACAAACAAAAUACAUGUUUUAUUUUGUCUAGUGGGUGAAACCCUAAAAUGCACUAAAAUAAGACAUGUGGCGUUAGAGGACAUUGAUGUGACACAGAUGAGGUGCCUAGUACCCCUUGUCCUCAUCGCAGACGGAGGAAUCGUACUGAUAUCUUCAAUGUCCUCGAACGGGAUUCACAAAAAAAUAAAGCCUUUUGCGACAUGGUGAGUAUAAGGAUAGGUACAAAUAUCUUUUUUAUUGUACAACUCAUUACACCUCCCCAUAAUAUAUAGUUUUGUCACUUUUGUGAUUUGACAUGA